AGCAGCUCCCGCGCAGCCGCCUCCCCUCCCCAAUUGUAUUUCCUCUUUGCUGGAUUUUAUAGGGUCUGGCUGGAAAAGCUCCCACCCCCCAUCUACUGCCCCUCGCGGCGGGGCACGGGGGCAGGGUCUCUCGCUCCGGCUAUUUGCAGUACGACUAAUAUUUGCUUUGGCAUGUGCAAUGCAGUGCACCAUUGUUUGUGGUGCACUCUCACGUGCAAGGCACCAUUAUUCACGGGGGGCAUUAUUGGCAAGGCUCUAUUGUUUGCAGUGCAUUACGACGUGCAAUGCACUAUUGCACACAAUGCAUUGUUUGCACUGCACGUUCGUGUGCAACGCACCAUUAUGGGUGGGGCUCUAUUGUGUGCAGAGCAGUGUCUUGUGCAACGCACUAUUAUACACUACACAGUAUGGGUUGCGGUGCACUCUCGUGUGAAAGGCACCGUUCUUCCCGCGGCACUAUGUCGGCACAACGAGCAAUCACGCGCCACGUGCAUUUGCUCCGCCUGGCGGGCGCGCGCCUACCCACAGCCCGGUGCACAGGGCGCAAGCGCCGCAUUCGGCGUUACUGCGCAUGCACCAGGGGACGGUCCUGCCAACGCGCAUGCGUUCCGCGCAGUCUCCGUUUGAGACACUGCCGAGCGCCCCCGCCCCGCCCCGCCCCAUCUCUGGCGGACGCGACCGAAUCCACCGAGCCUGGUUCCGCCUCCUGCCCAUUGGCCGCCGCCGAGAAGGCGACCGUCGUAUCAGCGUCCGGGUCCCCCACGUGGGGGGCGGGACGAAGGCGGAACCCGCCACGAUUGCUGGCGCCGCCGGCCAAUCGCCGCCCGGUUUUCUCCCCACGUGGGCCGGAAGGCUUUUCCCUUUCGCCGUUGGCGGGGCCGCCCUACCGCUGGCCAAUCAGCGCGGGAAGGGGAAAGAGGAACAGAGCGGGUAGGGAGAGACGCGCGAGGCGUUCGAGUUUGGCAGUUAGCGGCGGCCGUUGCUCUCCUCGCGCCUCUUCCGUUUGAAAACGAGGGUUGAGCGGGAGGGGGGCUGGCGCGGCCCCGCCCCCGGGCCUGAGCGGACCGAACCAUGAGCGGGGACGGGGGGGUCUCCCGGACCGCACCACCCUCCCCGGCCGCCAAGCGCCGCCGCCCAGGCCCGCUGCUGAAGGAGACCGAGGCCGCCCAGGCGCUGACCCAGCUGACAGCCUGGGGGGGCCUGGAAACCGCCGGGCGGCAGGGGGCGCCCGCGGCCCAGGGGGAUCUGGAAACUGCCGCCACCGGGCUGGCGCCCCCUGCUGGGCAGGGGGGCCUGGAAACUGCCACCCCCCUGCGGGGCAGCCUAGACACCACUGGCUGCGGGCAGGGGAGCCUCGAGGCUGUCGCCAAUGGGAAGGGGAGCCCCAACACCGCCGGCGGCAGGAAGAGGGGCCAAGAAACUUCUGAGGGGGAGACGAGCCCCCAAGGUGUGACUGGGGGGAAGAGGAGACUUGAGACUGCCGCUGAGUCGGGGAGCCUUGAAACCGAUGCUGCAGAGGAGAAGGGCGUCCUGGAAACCACUGCCCCAAAGAUGGGGAGGCUCAACACUGAUGCCGCUGAGGAGAAGGGGAUCCUGGAAGCCGCCGCCGCAAAGACGGGGAGGAUUGACACCACCGCCACUGAGGAGAAGGGAGGCCUGGAAACCACCGCUACAAAGAUGGGGAGGCUAGACACCACCGCCGCUGAGGAGAAGGGAGGCCUGGAAACCACCGCUACAAAGAUGGGGAGGCUAGACACCACCGCCGCUGAGGAGAAGGGAGGCCUGGAAGCUGCCGACGGCCGGGAGGGGCGGAGGAAGAGGAGGGCGGAGGAGGAGUGCUCCAUCAUCUCAGUGGGGGAGGAGGAGGAGGAGGAGGAGGGGGCCGCGGGGGCCCGGCCGGCCCCGGACACGGAGCAGUACCUGGAGGCGCUGGAGGCGGUGCAGCUGGAGCUGGAGGCGGUGAACGAGCAGGCCGGCUGCGCCUUCCGCAUCCUCAAGGCCAAGUUCGGCCACAUGCGCCGGCCCCACCUCGAGCGCCGCAACCGCAUCAUCCAGAACAUCCCCGGUUUCUGGGUCACCGCCUUCCUCAAUCACCCCCAGUUGUCGGCCAUGAUCAGCGACCGCGACGAGGACGCCCUGAGCUACAUGACAAAUCUGCAGGUGGAGGAGUUCACGCACGCCAAGUCGGGCUGUAAGAUCAAGUUCUACUUCAGCGGGAACCCCUACUUCCAGAACGAGGUGAUCGUCAAGGAGUUCCAGCCGGCCUCCUCAGGCAGGCUGGUGUCGCACUCCACCCCCAUCCGCUGGUGGCGGGGCCAGGACCCCCGUGCCCAUGGCUGCAAGAGCCCCGAGAUGGGGCGCAGCUUCUUCAGCUGGUUCGGGGACCACAGCUUCCCUGCCGGCGACCGGAUCGCUGAGAUCAUCAAGGAGGACCUGUGGCCCAACCCCCUGCAGUACUACCUGAUGGGCGAGAACGGGGGCGCCGGGGAUGACAGCGGGACGGAGCACGGGGACGACUGCGUGGUGAUCGUGGACGACGAGGGGGAGGAGGACGAGGUGCAGGAAAUCAUGGACGAGGAAGAGGAUGGCGAGGAAGGUGCUGCCUGCCCCGCCAUGGCCCCCCCAGCGCCCGCCGUGCUGCUGGGGUUGCUGCUGCCUUGCGCCCUGGCCUGGUCCAGCCCCCUCAGCACCCCCCGCGUCUACCUGCCCUACAAAGAGCUCCUGCAGACCCGCACCGCCCGGCCCUUCGCUUUCGCCUUCAACACCAGCGACUAUCGGAUCCUGCUGGUGGACCAGGACCAGGAGCGGCUCUACCUGGGCGCCCGCGACUACCUGGUGGCCCUCGACCUCCACAACGUCAACAAGGAGCCGCUCAUCAUCCACUGGCCGGCGUCCCAGAGCCAGCAGAUCGCCUGCCGCAUGGCGGGGAAGGGGCAGCGGGACGAGUGUUUCAACUACGUGCGUCUGGUGGAGCCCGUGAACCGCACCCACCUGUACGUCUGCGGGACGGGGGCCUGGCAGCCCGUCUGCGCCCUGGUGCACCGCGGCUGGAGGUCGGAGGAGUACCUGUUCCGCCUGUUGCCCCGGUCGCUGGCGCCGGGGAAGGGGCGCUGCCCGUACGACCCCCGGCAGAGCAACCUGGCCACACUCGUCAACGGGACGCUCUACGCUGGGCUCCACGUGGAUUCCAUGGGCACCGACGCGGCGAUUUUCCGCACCAUGGGCCCCCGGGCGGCCGUUCGCACGGAGCAGCACGACUCCCGCUGGCUGCACGACCCCGUUUUCCUGCGGGCCCACGUGGUGCCGGACAGCUCCGAGCGCAGCGACGACAAGCUCUAUUUCUUCUUCCGCGAGCGGGCGCUGGAGGGCGCUGUGGGGCCCGGCGUGCUGGCCCGGGUCGGCCGGGUCUGUCUGAACGACGACGGCGGGCAGCGGGCGCUGGUCAGUAAGUGGACGACGUUCCUGAAGGCCCGGCUGGUUUGCUCCGUGAUGGGCGAGGACGGAGUGGAGACCUUCUUCGACGAGCUGCGAGACGUUUUCCUGCUGCCGACUCAGGACGAGAAGAACCCCCGGGUGUACGGACUGUUCUCCACCCUGGGGUCGGUGUUCCAGGGCUCGGCCGUCUGCGUGUACCCCCUGAGUGCCGUCCGCAGCGCGUUCAACGGCCCCUUUGCCCACAAAGAGGGGCGCAGCUACCAGUGGGUGCCCUACACUGGCCGCGUGCCCUACCCCCGCCCCGGAGCCUGCCCGGGCGGCGCGUUCACCCCAGGGCUGGGCUCCACACGUGAGUUCCCGGACGAGCUGGUGACGUUCGUGCGCUCGCACCCGCUGAUGUACGACCCCGUGUACCCGGUGCCGCGCCGCCCCCUGCUGGUCCGCGCCGGCCUCCCCUACGGCUUCACCACGCUGGCCGUCGACCUGGCCCAGGCGGCUGACGGGCGCUACGAGGUGCUUUUCCUCGGCACCGACCGGGGCACGGUGCAGAAAGUGGUGGUGCUGCCCAAGGACCCAGGCGUCCUGGAGGAGCUGACACUGGAGGAGGUGGAGGUGUUCAAGACCCCCGUCCCCGUGAAGAGCCUCUGGAUUUCGUCAAAGCGGCACCAGCUCUACGUCUCCUCGGACGUGGGCCUGACCCAGCUGAGCCUCCACCGCUGUGGAGCCUACGGCCCGGCCUGCGCCGACUGCUGCCUGGCCCGGGACCCCCACUGCGCCUGGGACGGGCGCCGCUGCGCCCGCUACAGCCCCGCCCCCGCCAGGCGUGUCCGGCGCCAGGACAUCAAACACGGAGACCCCCUUCGCCAGUGCCGGGGCUUCAACGCCCAGGCUGCCCCGGGAGCGGGUCCUGCUGCAGACGCCCCAGGGGGUCCUGCUGGGCCCGGUGACGCCGGCGGACGAGGGCCGGUACCAGUGCGUGGGCACCGAAAACGGCUACACCCGCCCGCUGUGCCGCCUGCUGCUGCACGUCCUGCCCCGCGGCCUGCUGGGGGGCUCCCCGCCCCCCGUCUGCCAGGGAGUCCGCAGCCGAGCCGGCCCGGGGGGGACGCGCGCCGGAGCCAGCCAGGGGGGGUGGAGCUCCCCCCCCCGCAACUGACUGGGGGCGCCGGGGCGAGGACCCCGCGGGGGGGGUUCGUUUCACAUUCCAAGGGGGACCCCGGAACGAACCCCCCCGCUGGGUGCCUGCGUUUCCUUUCCAUGUACAUAGUCCCCAUUGCUGACUGCGGGGGGCCCGGACGCCUGGGUUCCCCCCAGUUUGAGGUGUAGAGUCUAUUUUUUCACGCCUGGGGGGUUCUAACGUGGCUGGAUUUGGGGUUUUUUAAUUAAUUUAUUUUUUAUUUCCUGGGACCCCGUCGAUGCUGUGGAUGAACCCGGCUGCCAAUGAUUAAAGGGGUGUUUGAUUUUCUAAACGUCCCCCCAGCGCAGGGCAAGGGGCUGGCUUGUCAAAUGGGGGGGGGACCCCGCAGCCCCCUGCUAGCUCAGCCCUGGGAUCCCCCCGCCCCCAGCGCUGCCGGU